AAAAAUUGUUGAUAAAACAGUAUAUGAAAUAUAAAUGUUAUUGUCAAUAAGCUCUCAUCGAUUUUCCCCACCCCCUCCUCACGGUAUUUGAUUUGUCAAAAACUGUGUGGGUAAUCAGUCUGCAAUUCGCCCCAAGUCUGUGAGGAUUGUUAUGCAGAUUAAAUCGAAAUAAAUAUUGUUUAAUAGUUUUAAUUUUUUAAAAUUUUAGAAAAUGAGUAAACCUAUUACACAGCCGGCAGCAAAUGAGAAAAGUUAUAUUUUAGAUAGUCAUAAAACAGUUUUAGAGCAACAGGUGAUAGAUGAUGUGGGAGAGAAUGAUGACACUGAAAACAUUUUUCAGGAAAAGCCUGGAGCCACAACUGGAUUGGCUUCAGCCAGUUUUAAUUACAUCAACUCAAUCGUAGGCAGUGGAGUUAUAGGGAUUGCUUAUGCUCUUCAUCAAGCAGGAUUUGUUACUGGUCUUUUUCUUUUGGGAUUUGUUGCUCUUGUUACUGACUAUUCUCUUAUUUUAAUGGUACGAUCAGCUCAUUUGAGUGAGUCAUUUUCAUAUCAAGGACUUAUGGAAGCUGCAUUUGGACGGCCUGGAUUUUAUCUUUUGACUUUUUUGCAGUUUAUAUAUCCAUUCAUUGCAAUGGUGAGCUACAAUGUUGUGGUAGGUGACACUGUGACCAAAGUUCUAAUUCGUGUUUUCUCUCUUUCGCCGAGAUCUAUAUUUGCUAGGAGGCAUUACGUUGUGGCGAUGGCUACAGUAUUUGUUACGAUUCCUCUUUGCCUGCUCAAAGACAUGGCUAGGCUUGCUAAAGCCAGCAUGCUCUCUCUUGCUUUCAUUGUAUUUAUCCUCAUGGCAAUCUUUAUUCGAUUUAUCACUCUAGCUCCAAAAAUCCCCUCUACUCGAAACUCAUGGCUAUUAUUCAACUGGGGUGUCAUCCCUGCUAUUGGGAUCAUGGCUUUUGCAUUUAUGUGCCAUCACAACGUGUUCCUGCUCUAUGGAUCAAUUAAAGGAGCUGAUCAGGGGAGGUGGGAUAAAGUCACUCAUUACUCUGUCUUUGCUUCCUUUGUUAUUUCAUGUCUCUUUGGCAUUACUGGCUAUGCAACCUUUACUGGAUAUUCUCAAGGUGAUCUACUAGAAAAUUACUGUUGGGAUGAUGAUUUGAUGAAUGCUGCCAGGAUUGCAUUUUCUCUGACAAUCCUUUUCACUUUUCCAAUAGAAUGCCUUGUGACUAGAGCUGUUAUUACUCAAGCUUAUGGCGAAGUCUCACAUUUCUUUUCAACUAUUUUAAUUGUUGCAACAACUUAUCUUAUAUCUAUUUCCACUGAUUGCUUAGGAGUUGUUCUGGAACUCAAUGGUGUCAUCUCUGCUGUUCCAUUAGCUUUUGUACUGCCAGCCGUUAGCUACCUGAAGCUGGAGCAGGGCUCUGUGUUUUCGUUGAGGAAGCUGCCGGCCCUUGGCUUGGCUAUCUUUGGAAUGUCUGUCGCUGUCAUAGGCCUCCUCAUCAUCAUUACAACAUUUUCUACAGUUGACAGGUGUACUCAUGGCCAUGACAUGCCUUACUGCUACAAUCGUACUGAGUAAGGAAAUAAUCAUAUCGAGUACACAGAUACAACUGAAAGAAAAUAGAACUGGAAAUUCAAGAGCUUGAUAUGAUGCCCAUCAAUUUGAGCUUGCAGAAGAGAACCUGCCUCUAACAGGUAUAGUUAUGGGUCCAACUCUUUGUAAACAUUUUACAAUUUAGCUUCAAUUUUAUAUUUUAUUUAGGAAAUUUAAAAAGAUCAAAUUUUUAAACCUAUUUUAUGUGAAAUAUGAAUGCGUUUAUUAAAUAUUGAUAAAUAUUUGAAGGAGGCUAGGUUUGAUUCUAUGGUUAAGGAAACCUAGAUUAUUGAUAUGGUAUUCAUAUAUGAAUCAUAUUUUCAUACAAAUAUGAACACAACUGAUAAAAUUGAUUCUUAAUUUUAAAAUUUAAGGAAUGGAGCUUUUUCAUACAUAUGUUACAGUAUCUGAUCAGUUUGACAAAUUUUAGUUUAAUUUGUUAUGUGUUAUUUAAGAGUUGGACUCUCUUUACUUUAGAUGCCAAAAAUCAUUCUGCAUAACGUAAUAUAGGGCUUUAAAAAUAAAAACACAAAAAAAUUUAGCAUAUAUUGAUUAUUCAUAUGCUUUUUAUGUAGAAUAUACAGUUAUAUAUUUAUUAUAGUUUUAGUUGAGGUUGUGCAAAUGUGUAUAAUAAUAUAAAUGUGUUGAAUAUAUG